AAUUUGAGGCUGUUCCUAUUCACGUAUUUUGAUUGUAGUUUAUUUUAUUUUGUUUUAUUUCGUUGGUUAUAGCGAAGAUGAGACGCUGUGUUUUUUUUUAUGUAUCUUCCGGGACCAGGCCAGCGGUUCUUUACUUUGAAGUCCACAGUUAAACCCUCAGCCCAGUUGGUUUAGGAACAGCCCGGAGGAUUUCUACCGCCUGCCAUGACUUCUUGAAACACUACCUGAGGAGAGGAGUGGAGAGGAAAGCGUUUCUCUCUCUCUCUUUUUUUUAUUCGGGUCUGCAAUAAAACUGUCCAAUGUGAUAGGACAUUAGAGGACGGAGAAGAGCGCCGGGGCGGUUUAACGCACAGCCGGUUGUUGGACUACUUUACUUUCUACGUUUUCUAAUCAGUGAGGCUACUCGGGUACAUGGAUGAGUGAAGAGGAGCUAAGAAGCUCCCCCGCUGCUUUUAGAGAGUGAGGAGGAUUAGGCUGGAGCUCAGUGGAGGCACGACGGCACUCUCACACGGCAACCGGAGCUGGAGCCAUGAGCAGGGCGCUUACGGAGCACAUCAGCAGUAGCUUCCGAGAAGAUGCUCCUCGUCCUCCGGUACCGGGGGAGGAGGGAGAGGCGUCAUGCUACAACCCCAGCAGAUCUGCCAAAAUGAGAGCCCAGAGCAAGGUUAAAGAUACCCCCGCCGCCGCCGCGCCUCCCGGCUCAACACCGCGGAGGAACGAGGAUGGACUCGGGGAGCCAGAGGGCAGCGCGUCCCCGGACUCGCCCCUAGUCCGGUGGACAAAGUCUCUGCAUUUUCUCCUGGGCGACCAAGACGGCGCUCACCUCUUCAGGACCUUUUUGGAGCGGGAGAAUUGCGUGGACACUUUGGACUUUUGGUUCGCCUGCAACGGUUUCAGGCAAAUGGACUUAAAGGAUACCAAAACGUUGCGAGUUGCCAAAGUUAUUUUCAAGCGGUACAUCGAGAACAACAGCAUUGUCGCCAAGCAGCUGAAACCCGCCACCAAGACCUUCAUAAGGGAUAGUAUUAAGAAACAACAAAUAGACUCUGCCAUGUUUGACCAGGCACAGACGGAAAUUCAGUCCAACAUGGAAGAGAAUGCAUACCAGAUGUUUUUGACCUCUGACAUAUACCUCGAAUACGUGCGCACCGGCUGCGAGAACGCGGCGUACAUGAACCACGGCGGUCUCGGCAGCCUCAAGCUGAUGUGCGGAUACCUCCCUCCUCUCAUGGAGGAAGAGGAAUGGAGUUGUAAUGACCUGAAGGCAAAAACGUUAGGGUCCGUGGUGGGACUGUCUGCGAAAACCCUGAGGGCUACUGCUACCAUCCGGACAGCAGCUGAAGUCCUGGAGAACAGUUGCAGGUCCCACCGUCGAGGAGACCCUGCCAGCCCCUACUUUGUCAACUCCGGCUACAUUUUUGCCCCUGCCACCAGUGCCAAUGACAGCGAGAUCUCCAGCGAUGCCACGACAGAUGAUUCCAUGUCCAUGACAGACAGUAGUGUAGAUGGAAUCCCUCCAUAUAAGCUGGGCACCAAGAAGCAGCUCCAGAGAGAGAUGCAUCGCAGUGUCAAAAUCAAUGGCCAGGUUACGCUACCCCACUUUCCUAGGACAUACCGGCUGCCUAAGGAGAUGACCCCUGUUGAGCCUUCAGCCUUUGCUGCCCAGCUCAUUGCCAGGCUGGAGAAGCUGAAGCGAGAGCAAGACACCAUGAGCUCACUGGAGGAGAGGCUGCAGCAGAUCCAGGAGGAGGAGGAAAGAGAGGAGAGCAGUGACCUCGCUAGCAACACCUCCCUCCAUCACCCUCUGCUCCCAUCUGGCAGUCAAUGCGAAGAAGACCCCCAGGCUAUCUUAGACGAGCACCUAUCACGUGUCCUGAAGACACCUGGCUGCCAGUCACCGGGUGUGGUUCGGCACUCACCGCGCUCACGCUCCCCGGAUCGGCCGGGUGCUAUGGUAUCUUCCGACCACGGGCCUUUCUUUGGUGCUUAUCCUGGGGCCGCCAAGGUUCUAAUGACAGGCAGGCAGUCCACAAAGCACAUCCACCAUCACUACAUCCACCAUCACCACGCUGGGCCAAGGACCAAGGAGCAGAUCGAGGCCGAGGCGGCCCAGCGUGUGCAGUGCCUCUGCCCUCCAGGGGGCGCCAAUUAUUCUGACUUCACCCCUGCUCGCUGCAGCACUUUGUCCAGACGGCCUGUCAAGGCCACAGAUGAUGGCGUGUCUUCACUGCGCCUUCCCCUAGAUGCCACUGAUCGCUCUCAGAAUGUUUGGCAGUGGAUCCUAGAGAGUGAGAGGCAGGGCAAGCACAAGCCACACAGCACUCAAGGCCUGAAAAAGUCCAGUCCACUUGACUCCAAGACCCUGCCCGCUCGGACUCACUACUCUUGGGGCGGAGGCGGCAUCGGCAAUGGGGCUCACCUCCGUGGCCACCACCCUGGCCACCCGUUCAUCCAGGACCCAGCCAUGCCACCCCUGCCCCCACCCAACACCCUGGCACAGCUGGAGGAGGCCUGUCGCAGACUAGAAGAGGUCUCCAAGCCUCCAAAACAGAGGCAUUCAGCAGCAGCCAGCAGCCUUCAGAGAGACAGGAGCCAUCCAGCAGCUGCCUUCCCCACCGGAGGCAGCCCUCAAGCCAGUCCUGGACUCCAAGCAGACGAGUCUAAGGAACUAGUGGUCACCUACUUCUUCUGCGGUGAGGAGAUUCCUUAUCGCAGCAUGAUGAAGACCCACUGCCUCACCCUGGGACACUUCAAGGAGCAGCUUAGCAAGAAAGGCAACUACAGGUACUACUUCAAGAAGGCAAGUGAUGAGUUUGAGUGUGGUGCAGUGUUCGAGGAGGUGUGGGAGGAUACCACCGUGUUGCCCAUGUAUGAGGGCAAGGUCCUGGGCAAGGUGGAAAGGAUGGACUAAAAGCCGCUUUGUUGCCAACCAACCGAUGCCCUUCCCUGCCCAACCAAAAGCUAAACUGUCCCUAAAAAACUUGAGCAAGAGACUCUAUGUAAUUAACAAAAAACACUCUGGACUCUUUUUUUUGUUUUGAUUUUUCUAUUUCUUAAUAUUAAGCUAAACAGAGUUAAUAUAUCCAGCACAAGAGGAGUGAUUGAAGGAAGACGAGCCAAUGAAGUAUACCGAAUCCAGAGGAGGUGCCGUCCCUCCCUGACUUUCUCAACCAAUCAGCCUUAGAAACACAAGGGAAUGACACAACAGACUUUUAAAGGCCAAUACGAGGAUGAUGAUGAUGAUGAUGAUUGGAGGCCAGUGGGAGUGAGUCCCCGCCUCUUCUUGAAUAUAACCACUGAAGAUGUAGAUGACUGUUUUGUUGUGACGUGAUAAGGGACUGAUGGUGCAUUCACUCCGGCUUCCCGGCCGAGUGCGGCGGACUAGCAGGCGUUGAAGAUGCAGAGCCACCAACCUGCUCUUAACGUUACACUCCAACUUCGUUACAAAAACGUCUGUACGUGUGCAUAUACAUACAUGCAUAUUUUAUAUAUACAUGUAUUAUAUAUAUAGAUGCUUUUUGUCAUGAGUUGAAAGUUUUAUUAAGUAUUUAUUGAAAAAAAAACAACCCACUCCUUUCCCUGUUCUCCCGUCCUAAGUCUUCUUAAACCUGUGUUCCUCCCCCUCCUCCCUAUUUCCAGCCAAUGGGCAAGCUGCUUUGAAUGUUGGGAGAAUACUGUGGUGAUAAUGUUUAGUGUUUGUUUUUGUUUUUGUUUGUUUUUAUUUUACACAAAGGAUGUGACACUAGCCUAGCACCUCCCAUAGCCUUGUAGCCCCGUCUGACCCAAACUAACAACCUUAGCAGUGGUCUUGUCCGAGGCUCACUCCCUCCACUAUCCUUAUGGGUAAUCCCAGUCUUAAAUGCUGCUGAUAGUUUGUAAUGUUAAGUUUGUCACACUAGCGUUUCCGUUCCCUCGUUCUCUCCCCCUCCCUGUUUUUUUUUUUCUCGUUCUCUCAGUCCGGCGACAGAGCUCGAUCUUUUUUGUUGUGCCUUUGUUUGUAAACCAGGCAUUGCACAGGGGGGGGAGGGGGUGAAAAUAGUUGCAGAUACACACAGAGGAGACCUGCAGCACAAGUUUUACCAUCUAAUAAUGGCAGUGUUUACAGCCUGCACACCAAAAUAACUUGUGCUAACAAGAACCAGUUUGGGUCAUUGAGAACGACUUCUCGAGGAAGUCAGCUAGCGUGUCAAAAAACACAAAAAAAGAACAAAAAAAAAAGUGAACAUUGAAGAAUUAUGGCUCCAAUAUCCUUUGAAUGUUGUUACAGUAACAUCGUAUAUAGCACAGUUCCUGUAUACAUUGUAAUUAUGCAUUCUGAAGUAUGGAUA